GGGGCUUAUCUCUUGCCAGCUAGCUACGCGGAUGACGCCGACAAUUUUAGGAAUAUGGCCACUCGGCCUGAUGACGUGUGGGUGACCACAUUUCCUCGCUCAGGUACCACAUGGAGCCAGGAAUUGGUUUGGCUACUCAUGAAUGACCUUGAUUUCGACACAGCUGUGAAGAAUCCAUUGAAUAGCAGAUAUAUUACACUUGAACGAUAUCAUAUAACAUAUCUCAAGGAACGAAACCUAGAUCUCUUAGAUCCUACACUGAGGCUCAAAUGUGCCAAAGAAAUGCUUUCCUAUGAGGCGAUGAAUAAAGCGCCAUCUCCUCGGUUCUUCAAGACACAUAUCGCCUUCUCGCUUUUGCCUCGAAACCUGCUGGAUUGUAGCAAAGUGGUGUAUGUGGCCCGGGAUCCGAGAGACGUCGCUGUAUCAUUGUAUCAUCACCAGAAACUCACUUGGUUUUAUGAUGGAGAUUUUAAAAGCUUUUGGAAUCUUUUCAUCAAUGACUUGGUUGUUAGGUCUCCAUAUUUAACGCAUCUGAGAGAGGCCUGGGCGCUGCGUCAACAUCCAAAUAUGUUGUUCAUUUUCUACGAAAAUAUGAAAAAGGAUCUUCCUUCAUCUAUCAAACGUGUAUCAAAUUUUCUUGGGAAGAAAGUAAAUGAAGAACAAAUAGCAAAACUUUGCGAGCACCUGGCCAUAGAAAACUUUAGGAAUAACAAGUCUGUGCACCCAACGUGGAGGGCAGAGAUUUUCAACCCUGAUGCGGAACCCUUUGUGAGAAAAGGAAAGUCAGGCGGUUGGCGCGAGUACUUUGACGAGAAGAUGGCGGCGCAGGCGCAGCGAUGGAUGCGCGAGGGCCUCGCCGGCUCCGGCCUGCGGUUCCCGCACGACAGCUCAUUGGCGUUUUGAUUACAGAUCAUAGAGUCAGAUGGCAGUCGCUUACGUAAAACUAGUCUACGCCAGAUCUUGAGAUAAGUUCUGUAAUGCUGUCAAAGCGGACCCCAGGCUUUACAUCACAGUUCACAGUCCACACACUAUCACAGUUCGUAGCAAAGAUAUUAAAAAAAUAAUGGCUUAGUCUAUGAUUCGUAGUAUUCACUAGUGGUUGACAGUGAC